CCCGACUCACCGCGGCGGGAAUAAAAGCAGCUGCCGGCACUGGGAGGCACCGGAGCCACUGCCCAGCUCAGGAGUCACCGCACCGCAACUUCCGCCCGGCCCUAGCAGGACCCUGCAGUCUCUGCUCCAAGCCACCGUUUGCCAGGGAGGUGUCAUGGGCUUUCUGAAGUUCUCCCCGUUCCUGGUUGUCAGCAUCUUGCUCCUGUACCAAGCAGGCAGUCUCCACGCAGUGCCUUUCGGGUCAACCUUGGAAAGCAGCCCAGGCAUGGCCACUCUCAGUGAAGAGGAAGCUCGCCUGCUGGCUGCCCUGGUGCAGGACUAUGUGCAGAUGAAAGCCAGGGAGCUGGAGCAGGAAGAGGAGCAGGAGGCUGAGGGUUCCAGCCUGGACAGCCCCAGAUCUAAGCGGUGUGGGAAUCUGAGUACCUGCAUGCUGGGCACAUACACACAGGACCUCAACAAGUUUCACACCUUCCCCCAAACUGCAAUUGGGGUUGGAGCACCUGGCAAGAAAAGGGAUGUGGCCAAGGACCUGGAGAUACACCAUCACACCCAUUUUGGCAACUAAGCUUCUCCUCUCCUUUCUGAUUUCUCUUUGCUUUCUUCCUAUAAUUUGAUGUAUGUAGUUCCUCUCUGGUUGCUCUCCGGGCUAUUACUGGUUGCUUUCCUGAGGCAAAGGAUGAUAUCUGGAAUCCCCAGUGGGUGAGGAGAAAGGAGGAGUCACAGGCUGAAAGGGAAUCACCCAGGAAGACAGUAGAGAGCAAGGGCUGGCCUCUGGCUUCCUAGCAGAGCUUCUCAGUCUUGCUUCUGAAAGUGUUGGUCAUUCGGGAAAUAAAAUUAUUUUU